AUCAUCCUCGCGUGCUUGUCACUCGCCUUGACCUGCUCGGCCGACUGCGACUUUGCCUUCCUUACCGACGCAACGACCAAGUACAUCAACGCCCAGGCCGCCGGCGACCCCACAAGCAUCGCCUCCCUCGCCGCCAGCAACGUGACAUACACCGAGAACGGCGCACCCUUAUCCAUCUCCGAGGGUGUCCUAACCGAGGCUAUCAAAAUCGACCACAACCGCAGCACCCACGAUACCGUCAACUGCGCCACCUUUUCCGAGAUCAUUGCAGCCAGCAACCCCCACCCAUAUGUUAUUGGCACUCGCAUCAUCUUCAGUGAGACUUCGCAUAAGAUCACACUUAUGGAGAGCAUCGUUACGGACCAGGGUGAUUGGCUGUUCAACGCUACGGGGUACCUCUACUGGAACUCGCAUGAGAAGUGGGAUCCCAUCCCGCCUGAGAAGCGGGAUACGCGCGAGGUCAUCAAAGCGGCUGGCGAUGCCUACUUCAAUCGUUUCGACAACACCAGCGUCGUUGUGCCCUUCGAUGUCCCCUGCGCCCGGUUAGAGGGAGGGGCUUACACGGGGACGCUGAAUCUGACGGGUGAUUCGUGCACCCUUGCGGGCUUGCCUUCAACGCUGGUUGUGACGGAUCGUCGAUAUGUGGUUGAUGAGACGAUGGGCACGGUGGACAUUUUCCUCGGGUUUCCGGGGUUGGACCGCUCGGUUGAGUCGCAGAAUAUGCCGGAUAGUCAUUUUUUCAGGGUUGAGUCGGGCAAGAUUCGGUAUAUUCAUACUGUUUCGUCUUGCGUCAAUCCGGGGUGCGGGUUGAAUGGGACAACGUUCGGUAGGAGACGAGUUCGACGG